ACUGGCAAGCAAGUGACAUUGACGUUUAUUAUCUUUUGUUUAUCAACUCAUGAUGAAUUGUGAAAAUUAAAUCAAAUAGAGAGCCCAUUCAACAACAUUUUCUUCUCUUUCACACGUAUAUAUUGAGUAUUUUGAUAAUUCUAUCUAAUUACAAUGAAUAAAAUUGUGAUAUUUGGUUCUACUGGCAUGACCGGCCUUUGUGCGGUCGAAGCUGCAGUUAAAAAAGGUUUAAAUGUAAGGGCUUUUGUUAGAGACCCCUCUAAAGUACCCGACAAUUUAAAAAACAGUCUUGAGGUUGUCCAAGGCGAUGUUCUUAACUAUAAUGACGUUUUAAACGCUAUAAAGGGUGUGGAUGGUGUUGUAGUUGUCUUAGGGACACGUAAUGACUUAAAACCCACAACUGUAUUAAGUGAAGGAAUGAAAAAUAUUCUCAAAGCCAUGAAAGAAGCUAAUGUUGAAGUUGUCUCAGUGUGUUUAUCAGCAUUUUUAUUUUAUGACCUUGAGAAAGUCCCACCAAUGUUCAAGGACUUGAAUGCGGACCAUCAGCGCCAAUUUGAUGCAUUAAAGGAGUCUAAUUUGAAGUACAUUGCAAUUUUGCCACCACAUAUUGCUGAUCAGCCAGGAUCGGAUUAUGAGGUGAAACAUGAUGCAUCUCCAGGAAGGGCAAUUUCAAAAUACGACCUUGGAAGGUUUUUAGUUGAUUCUCUUUCACAACCGGAACAUUAUGGGAAAGUUUGUGGGAUUUGCACGAAACACUGAAAACUAAAUGGGAGUGAUAAAAUUAUGUAAUUCAAGUGUUUAUUGACACAAUCGAUUUUAAAAUGAAUUUACAACUCAAAUAUUUUUUUAUCACAAUCUACAAAACAUUUCUACAAUUAUUUGCACUUUUCAUAUGGCAGUUGAGUCAGAAAUUCAGUUAGUUAUCAGUGUGCCAAGUUGCGAACUUUUGUACUGAAUCAUAAUUCUUUCCUCAUAUAAGUUUUUGCAUUUAUAUUAAAACUGUUUGUUGGCAGAGGAGGGGGUUUUGGUGCUCCUUCCCAAUUCUUAGCUUUGUUUUCAUGUUUAAAAUUCAUGGUGCUAGUUAAGGGCAUAUAGUUACCAUAUAUAGAGAUAGGUUGACAUUCAAUAUAUCCCAACUUAUUGUAAAAUCCUUCUUGCCCUUUAGUUGAUAAAUAAAUUGUUUUUAGUUGUAAAAAA